GCGUGUCGCGCUUCGAAAACACGGAGCAGCCGGCAGGGCUACCAUCUUCAUGUCACGGACAUGGAGUGAUUACUCGAGCGAUCCUGCGUGAUUUCUGAUCCUGUUGUGAUUUGGGUCCCUCCCUCCCCGCCCCCGUUUCGCCCGGUCAGCGAGUACACCUGUUUGAGGCGCAGGGUCGACGCGGCUGUUUCGGACGGGCAACGGGCAACGCUGCCACGGCCAGCGCCUGCCGGCUGACAGCAGCCGACAGAGAGUGGAGUGGAGGCGGAUCCUUCUCCAAAGUGAUCCUUGUGACGUGGCUCCCCCUGCUGUUUUACCCAAGAUUUAUUUCGAAAAAUAAUAUAAAACCCUCCUUCACAAUGGGUUCCUUAAAUAUCCCAACAGUGCAUUCUAUUGAAUCUUUUAAAAAUGAGCCUCUUCUCAAUAGUGUGCUUGAGAAAUUUAAGAAUACCUAUGGAUCUACUCCGAAUUUUGUCGUUCGUGUUCCUGGCAGGGUGAACCUUAUUGGAGAACACAUUGACUAUUGUGGAUACUCAGUUCUUCCAAUGGCCCUCGAUCAGCAUAUAUUAAUUGCUGUAAGUCCCACUGGUGACACUUCACUAAAUCUAGUUAAUGUGAAUUCUAAGUAUUCUACCUUCAAUGGAAACAUCAAAAACUUGAAUGUGGACGAUCCAUCUCUUGGUGUAUUGUGGCAUAAUUAUGUUCUGUGUGGCAUAAGAGGAGUUGCUGAAACUUAUGGAACAAAAGGUAUCGUAGGAAUGAAUCUGUGUGUAGCUGGCAAUGUUCUCCCAAACUCUGGUCUGUCAAGUUCCAGCGCUUUGGUCUGUGCUGCAGCCCUUGCCACUUCACAUGCUAACCAGAUUUCGCUUUCGAAAGAGGAACUGGCUUCUCUUUGUGCAAAAAGUGAGAGAUACAUUGGCACUGAAGGCGGUGGCAUGGACCAAGCUAUUGCAUUUCUUGCUAAGCCAGGAUGUGCUAAACACAUAUCAUUCAAGCCAUUGCGGUCAGCAGAUGUCAAAAUUCCAGCAGGCUUAGCAAUUCUAGUUGCUCAUUCAUUUGCUGAGUUGAACAAGGCUGCGGGGGAUCAAUUCAACCAUCGUGUGGCAGAGUGCCGCCUUGCUUCAGUUAUACUUGCUCAGAAGAGCGGACUGACAACUUGGAAAAAUCUGUUGGUAUUAGCAGACGUGCAAAAAGAACUGAAUGUGAGUCUGUCAGAUAUGGUCCUGCGUACUUCAGAACUCCUUCCCAAAGAUACAUACUCUAAAGAAGAGAUUUGUGAAAUUCUUCAGAUAAGCAGUGAUGAAGUGGACCAAUGUUUCUUACCAGAAAAUACAAGGAACACGAAAUUAUUCAAACUGCGCCAGCGUGCAACUCAUGUAUUUGAGGAGGCUUUGAGAGUUUCUAAGUUCCAGGAACUCUGUACUAUAGGCAGCAGUCAAAAGGAGUUAGGAGAACUAAUGAAUCAGAGUCAUGAUUCACUGAGAGACUUGUAUGAAUGCAGCCAUCCUAAACUGGACGCAUUGGUUGAGGCAGCCCGUAAAAAUGGAGCCCUUGGAGCUAGACUAACAGGGGCAGGGUGGGGUGGAUGUAUGGUGGCGCUCACUACAGCAGAACAUGCUGACAUCCUGAUUGCGUCAUUGAAAGAAACUUUCUACACUUCGCUGCCAGCAAGUGAAAAACUGACUGGAUAUGUGUUCCAUUCACAGCCAGGAAAUGGCGCUUUCAUUUUGGAAUGAAACUUAUGAAUGUUAAGCAAGUAUGUGCCAAUUAAUUUAAAGAAUAAAAUGUAUGUUUCAUAUAGC